AUGUAUAUUUAUGGUGAUGCCAAGUGUAAAGGAAUUAUGGUCAGCCGGUCUCUGCUGAACAGGUAGAGUACACCACCACCCUGGUGUAUUUUUCCAUCUUUACCUUUCAUUGGGAAGCAAACUGACUAGUGUGUUCUGUCUCAAAUAGUUCUUGUCAACACUCCAACGAUUCUUGGGGUUUUGGAAAUGUCGUCCCUUCUUUCCUGUAAGAGGUGUGUGGAUAAUAGUGAAGAGCAGAUGCUGCUGAUAGAAGAAAGGCCUGAUUUGAUUCAUUCUCUGGAACCUAGGAGGUGUUGCAGCAGCAAGCGAGAUGGCUUAGCAAACUCUAAUUGCAGAAAGGAGGAGAGAGAAUGUCAAGCACCCCACGAGAGUUUGGAUUAUUUACCUUCCCACAGUAGAGUUUACAAGAAGUGGCUACAGGAGAAAACGUACAGAACUGACUGGGAUCGAUGGAUGUUGAUGGGGCUAAUUGGAAUAGGAGUAGGAAUGCUGGGAUUCCUGACACAUCAGAUAAUUGACUAUCUCAUCAAACUAAAAUGGGAACUGGUGAAAAAUUACCUCCAGAACGGCAACUUCCACAUGACCUGGAUUUGCAUACUUGGGUCAGGACUGGCCAUGAUUGUUGUAUCUUCAGGGCUAGUGGUGUUCUUUUGCCCAGCAGGUGCACCGUAUGGGCUUCCAGAAGUCAUUGGGUUUCUGAAUGGUGCUUCUAUUCAACACAUUUUUAAUGUCAAGACUUUUUUGGGGACGUUUGUUUCUUGUGUGCUGGCUGUGGCUUCUGGGCUCUUCUGUGGACCGGAAGGCCCUAUGAUUCACUUGGGGGCAAUAAUAGGUUGUGGCCUGACCCAGUUCAAGUCAGACAUCCUCGGAAUUCAGCUGCCCUUCUUCACCAGGUUUUGGAAUUCAGCUGAUAAGAGGAAUUUCAUUACAGCUGGUGCAGGAGCAGGAAUAGCCUCGGUAUUCCGUGCUCCAGUGGGUGGACUCUUGUUCACAUUGGAAGAGGUGGCCUCUUUCUGGGACAUCAGACUGGCCUGGCAAACUUUCUUCUGCUGCUUGAUGGCUGCCUUCACUACGGAUUUACUCUCUUCAUCUCUUUCUGGGUUUGUUUACAGAGGUCAUUUUGGAUUUUUCAAAGCAGAGAAAAGAAUUUUAUUUUGGGUUAAAAACUUGCUGGAUAUGAGUGUCUUGGCUUUCAUUCCAACCAUUUUCCUUGGAAUACUUGGAGGACUUUUCGGAGCUCUCUUUGUUUCCCUAAAUAUAAAGAUUAAUAAAUUACGUGAGCGUUUCUUUAGCUCAAUUCAAACAAAAUCCCUCAGAAAAACAAGCAAGCUCUUGGAAUCUGUGCUGGUUCUUGUGUGUACCGUCACUGUUACAGUCUACUUGCCAUAUUUCUUUUCUUGCACUCCAGUCAUGAGUCUGAGAACUUUGCAGCUGAAGAACAGUUCAGAAAUCAUAAGCCCAUUUGAGAGAGAAAUUUCGGAAUAUAGUUGUCCAUCAGGCACAGCGUGGAUAGGACCAGAUGGAGUCAAAUAUUCCAAUCAAACCUUUAAUGAAGCAGCUGCACUCCUAGCUGAGAAUGGUAAGCGAGGAAUCAUGUACUUGUUCAGACGUGGGACUCACGAAGAGUUUGGAUAUACAUCUCUCAUUACAGCUCUGGCAUUUUAUUUCCUUCUCUCUUGCUGGACUGCGGGUUCUGCUGUUGCUAGUGGCCUGGUUAUACCCAUGUUGUACACAGGAGCUUUAUAUGGCAGGAUAGUUGGCCUGAUUCUUGUGUCCAUUUUUGGUGUUCAGACCAAUGAACAAGGGGCAUGGAUUGAUCCGGGACUCUUUGCUGCUGUUGGAGCUGCUUCUUUUUUCAGCGGUGUGUCAAGACUAACCAUCUCCCUCACAGUUAUCAUGGUAGAGAUCACAAACGAUGUACAGUCCUUGCUACUUGUGAUGCUGGCUGUCAUGGUGGCCAAGAUGGUCGGUGACUGGUUUAACAUGUCCCUGUAUAGCUCCUUACUGAAGUUGAAAGGCAUUCCCUACUUAGACUCUGAACCUCUUGCUAGCCACAGGAAAAAACGGUUAAACCUGGAAUUGUUUUUUGCCAGCAAUGUCAUGAAGCCGUGUGUCAGAGUCCUCCACUUAAGGGAAAACAUUGCCUCACUGGCUCAGCUUCUUGCUAGCACCAGCCACGGUGGAUUCCCAGUGGUUUACAAACCCAAGCCAGACCAAGUAGAGGUGUUCCUAGGUACUAUUACAAGGUUAGAACUAUGCAUGCUGCUGGAACAUGAAGCCAUCUUUGAAACAGAGACUAACCAUGAUUCUCUUUCCUGCUGUCCUCUUCUCCUCUACCAAAAGAUAACAGUGGAGAAGUUGCCUGAUCCACCACAGAUGACCACGCUGCUGAACCGCUACAGUACAGAUCCUCAGUAUCAGCAACUCUUCAUCAAUCUGGAACCGUACAUAAACAAAUCAGCGGUGUCAGUUCAGGCUCAUUUCUCUCUGCAACGCACAUAUAUCAUCUUUCGGACCUUGGGGCUUCGCCACCUGACAGUUGUUGACCUACAGAACCAAGUUGUUGGGAUAAUAACCAGGAAAGAUCUGAUGUCUUUCCAGCUGGAGGAGAGGAUGGCGCGUCAGCUGGCAUCACAGAAACGUGACUCAGAUGAGCAGCCCUUAGAUUAG